CAUAUCAUUUUUUUAGACAGAUAGAAACACCAACAAGGUGAAAGUGAAACAUCAUAUACCUACCUUCUCGUCAAAAGAGAAAAAGGGCUCUGAACGAAGUUCGAAUUCCUUGCUUCGCUCUCCGAUCUGCCACUCCACCACCAUAAUUUCUCCUUUCGAAGCUAAGCCGACACCAAACCCGACCCGAUUUGGUGUAGCUGAGACUCUGUGUCGUCAUUGUGAAAUGGGUAAAUCAACAUCCUCUCUUCUUUUUAUAUGCAAUCGUUUGAUUAUUAGAGUAAGCCUUCCAUUUCGUGAUUUUACUUCUCGUUAUUGUUCUACUAUUAGAGAAAAUGCGAAAACCCCAUCUCAGAAACGGAAUCAGUUGUUGAAUUCUGUGAGAGAUCACUGCAAAUCUGGAACCUUUAAGAAUCUUGAUCAUGCCUUAGGCCUGUUUGAUACAAUGCUUCACAUGCACCCUUUGCCUUCCAUUGGAUAUUUUAAUCACAUGUUUAGUUCCAUUGCAAGAAUGAAGCAUUUCUCCGUAGUCAUUACUCUGAUUCAACGAAUGGAAUCAUUCGGAAUCUCUCCCGAUGUUUAUACUCUCACUGUUUUGAUUAAUUGCUGCUGCCAUCUGAACCGGGUUGAUUUUGGUUUCUCUGUCUUAGCAACAAUUUUGAAACUUGGAUAUCAGCCAGACUGUAUAAUUCUAACCACUCUUGUCAAAGGCCUCUGUCUUCAAGGUAAUAUUUCUGGAGCUGUGAGUUUACUAGAGGAAAUGGAGAACAAAGGGUAUGAGCCUAAUAUGAUUACUUGUGGAACAAUAGUAAACGGUCUGUGUAAGAUUGGCCAGACUGGUGUGGCUAUUACGUUGCUCAGGAUUCUUGAAAAAGAGAAUUUUGAACAAAAUGUGGUGCUGUAUAACACAGUCAUUGACAGUUUAUGUAAGGACAAAUUGGUAGCUGAGGCUUUGAACCUUUUUUCUGAAAUGAUGAGUAAAGGCAUUCAGCCAAAUGUUGUCACUUAUAGUUGCGUAAUUCAAGGACUAUGCAAUUCUGGCCGGGGGAGGGAGGCUGCUACCUUGUUGAAUGAGAUGGUGCAAAGGAAGGUCAUGCCAGAUGUGCGAACCUUCAACAUAGUGGUGGACAAACUUUGCAAGAAAGGGAUGUUGACUGAGGCAAAAGAAGCUUUUGAAGUGAUGAUUCAAAGUGGCAUUGAGCCUAACAAAUUCACUUACAAUUCUUUGAUUGAUGGUUAUUGUUUGCAAAACCAAAUGGAUGAGGCAGUUAAGGCAUUUAAUAGGAUGGUUGAGAAGGGUUGUUCACCCGAUGUGAUUAGCUAUAACAUAUUGAUCAAUGGAUAUUGCAAAAGUAAAAAAAUUGAUGAGGCAAUGCGUUUGUUUCAUGAAAUGUCCAACAAGGGAAUGAUUCCUAAUGUAGUGAAUUACAACACUCUUAUAUGUGGGUUUUUUCGAGUGGGGAGAGUCCAAACUGCACUAGAGCUAUUCAAUAUAAUGCGAGCUUGUGGCCAACAUCCAGAUCCCCAGACCUACGCCAUCUUGUUAGAUGGCUUUUUUAAGAAUAGACGAAUUGCUGAGGCAAUGGCAUUGUUUCAGGAGAUGAAGGACAAAAGGGUGGACUGUGAUAUUGUGAUAUAUAACAUCUUGAUUGAUGGUUUCUGCAAUGUUGGGGAACUUAGGACUGCAAGAGAAAUCUUUAGUGGUCUUCCAUCAAAACAAUUGCAACCUAAUGUCCAGACUUACAAUAUAAUUAUCAAAGGAUUUUGCAAGAAUGGACUAAUUGUUGAAGCGAAUGAGCUGCUUGAGAAAAUGGAUAGCAAUGGUUGUUCACCUAAUGAGCGCACAUAUAACACAAUAAUUCAAGAGUUAUUGCAACAUGGUGAGACAGCAAAGGCAAUGAAAUAUCUCAAAAUGAUGGUUGACAAGGGAUUUUCAGCAAACGCAACAACUGCUGCCAUGUUUAUUGACUUGCUGUCGUCUAAUCAAGUAGAUGAAAAUAUUCGAGAGUUGCUUCCAAAGUCUAGGUGAAGAUUAUUUAGUUUCUCAAGAUCAAAGACAACUUUUAUAUUUUAACCUGUCACUAGUCAUUAUGUGAGUGGUAUAUUUGCUUUGAGUAAAAUUCUAUACUUCUUACGAGAUGGUAUUUCUUUUCAUUUAUGUGCCCAAUAUUUAAGUGACGUGUAUUGGCUUCAUAUAAAACAAGUUGAUAUAUCUUUCCAUUUAUGUCCAUAAGACUAUUUGUUCCUUUAACAAUUUCAUCUUUUGUUGCAAUUUUGUCGUGCACUCAUUUUAUUGCUUUGAACCUAAUUUCACCAAUAUUGUUUUUCAAAUUUUGGUUGAUUGGCAGUUGCUAAGUGUUAUCCUGUAAAGUGUGGCAUUUUUGUAGUUAUAUGUCCCUUGGCUACUCGAAGUAAUGUGUUUGAGACUCACAUCAAGUGAUUCCCUUUCAGUGUUUAUAGAAUAUCUUCUCUUAUGUACAUAGUAAUGAGUUUUCUUUGUACUUUGUUUGCUGCUUUGUGUCCUUUUUGCAUGAUGUAGUCCUUUUAUUUUCAAUAAAAAAAUUUCUUAUUAAAAAAAAAAAAAAAGUCUAGCUGUUGCAUGUUAAAAUGUAAUUCAAUAAACUAUAUAUUAUGCUUAAACGUUGUAUAUUAUUCUCUAUGAUUAGGUGCUGUGAAUGCCUUACUCAUAUUUCUAAGCUGAACGUAGCCUACUUUCAUAGGAACCGAUUUAGACCAGUGUAGCUUGAAUAGCUUCUCAACUUAAGGAAGUUGCUUCUUUGUCCAUCAACUAGAAGAUAGGAAAUUUAGAUUUCUUUCUGGUACAAAAGUAACAUGAUAGUUUGUUGAUCAUGAAAUCCAGUGUCAAUAUCUUUUAUGAAUGUGGUAGAUGCUUUAAUGGAGCAGCAAGAAGACCCUUACAAAAAAGAAAAAGAAACAUGAAAACUGUUUUUUAUUUGGCAUGUAACAGAAAAAGUGCUGACAUUGGAGCUUGACUAGUGGUUGGAGAAUAUUCAAUAUGCUAUGGUUUUUAUUUUGAAAAGUUAAUGAGUUUUAUGACACUUCCUUCUCCUUUAAUUAUGGGAUGGAGGGUAAGGUCUUGGGUUCAAGAUCCACGAGAUGUGUGUGUAACUCAUCAAUAAAAACAGUUUGACUAGCCAUAAAAGAGAAAUGAAAUAGAGAAGCUACUUCCAUAAAAGAAGAAGAGAGAAGAGCAAAUUUGUUCUCUCCAAAAUCUUUCUUUAGUCCAUACCAAAUAAAAUUCUCCCAUAGACGCCCAAGUCUUCCUACAUGUCAAAUGGGGUUCCAUCAACCUCAAGGUCCUAACCUUUCCCUCCCAUUUCUUUAUAUUUAUAUAUAACCAUGUCAGUAUCUUUUAUGUUCUCAUUUUUUAGUGUUUCAGCUCUUUUUCUUUUUGAUUUGGCUGCUAAGGCACUGGUUGGUUUGAGGUAAAUUUGAUUUUUCUUUUCUCUGUGGAAAUUUUUUUCAAUUUAGGGUUCUACUAAUAUGGGGUUUAUAUAGAUUUGAUUUGGGCGUUCAAUUUGGUAUUUUAGUUUUCACAUUAUGCCUCACUGUACAAUUAAUCUUUUUCUUCCUAUCACACACACACACAAACACAUAAUUUUAUACAUGCAUGUUAUUAUUAGCUUUGUUUUAUGAUGAUAUUUGCUUUGGAACUGUGGAUGCAGAUCCAUCAUUCAGGAAUGCAGCCGCGAUGGGUAACCAGUAAUAUAUAUAUUCAUAGUUUUCUUUUAUUUAUAUGCACGCAAACUAAUUGAUGCAAAACCUGAAUGUUUUCUUCUCAAAGUUGUAUUAAGAGGUUGCCUUAAUUGCUUCUGUUAUGAAUAAUUUGCUUUGUUUGUAGACCAUUAAGUUAGUAAACCAAAAGAAGAUUGAGUUCUAUCCAAAAUCCAAAGUCAUCUUUUCUCGAUGUUGCACACACGUUUAAAAAAGAAAAAAAAAAGGUUGGAAGGGUCCCUGUCCUGUAUUCACAUGACAAAGGGGGCUAGCCAUUGGAACCCAGGAAGAAACAGAUAAAGAUAGGGAAAAAACCAGUUGUUGCUUUAGGAUGACAUAUGACCUGCAUAAUCAUGUUUUACAUGCCAUAUUACUGCUGCAGCAUAGCAUUGGGUAAUUCCACUUAAAAAAAAUCGUUUUUUUUCUCUGAUCUGUGCAUGAUUUAAAAUGGUUGUUAUUAAUGUCAUUAUUUAUCUCCUAAGAAGGGUAUUACACUUUUCCUAAUUCAAAAAAUUCCACCUCACUUGUUUACAACCUGUUUCAUAAAUGUAUGGUCUGCUUCUUUUGAUGUUCCUAAAAGAAAAGGUCUAUCUGAUUUGCUUGUCUGUAAUUGAACCUGCUAGAAACAUAUAAUGCUUUGUAACGGGUUAUAUAUAUGGAAUACAAUUGAAAUGGGAUUACUAUUGUUCUGUUUCCCAUUUAAUUUAUUCACUUAUUUUUCAGUGAGUAAUGCUUACUAUACAUUUUAACACAGGUCUUCACAUGUGAUUAUUUGAUAAACCAUUCAUCUACAAUUUAGUUCUAUAUAUAGCUGCAUUUCCUAUAUUCUUUUUUGGUAAUGUUUUCUCACUUCUGCUUCUCGUCCUCUGUUCCUUGCUUCUCAAAUUGAUAACGGUGGUUGGUAUUAGCAAAAACAAUGGGCGCAUUAGAGCUGAUUGAAGUUUCUCUAGCUCUUCUUUGUUGGUUGACAAGGAUGUGAGCAAACCAAGGUCAACAGUUGGAAUCUCUACCAAUAGAACAUCUAAGUCUUUGUUGUCCCAUCAUUAUGAAUAUAAUUUGUUUAAAACUUCUUUACCAUUGAUGAUUAGUUCUUAAGCAAUUCCCUGUAGCGUCUCUGCCUUAUUUGGAGAGGUAGAUUUUGACACAUACAUAUGGAGAAAGUUGUGUAUGAAGGUAAUAUUGAGGGUGAGUUGCAGUAUGAACUAUGUAUUCUUAAGAGCAAAAGGCUUUUUGUACUUGUAAUUGAGUUUUCAAAUGUGAAAUUUUCAUUUUUUAAGUCA